AUGGCGUCGGUGUUUGUGGGGGAUCUUCCUAGUGACGUCACAGAGGCAGACCUGUAUACACAAUUCUCGCAGCUAGGAACCGUUUCUUCCGUCAAGUUGUGUAGAGACAAAGAGAGUGGGAAAUCGUUGGGGUAUGGGUAUGUUAUGUAUCAGGAGCUGGAUCAAGCGGAGAAAGCCGUGGAGGUCUUUAACAGUGAGCAGACACACCGCCGCAACAUGAGGGUAGUUAUGGUCGGGCAGGUCAGCCUCUGCCAGGCGUUGCAGGGAAACGUGUUCAUCAAAAACUUAGAUCGUAGUGUGGAUUCCAACAUGUUGUAUCGUGCCUUCUCCGCUUUUGGAAACAUUAUCACCUGCAAGGUUCCCCAUGGGAAGAAAGGUUCCAAGUGUCACGGGUUCGUCCAGUUUGAAAGUGAGGCCGCUGCUCGGGCCGCCAUCUCCAGUAUGAAUGGCACCUUGUUUUAUGGGAAAAAACUUUAUGUCGGCCAUUGCUUUAAUCGUGUCAAGAGAGAGUCCACGUCUGAAACCGUCUCCAUGACCGGAUGUAGUUCUUCGAGCCUGCGAACUGUCUACAUCAAGAACCUAAGUCCCACUGUCGAUUCCGUCUUUCUGAAGAUUACCUGUUCGCCAUACGGCGAGGUCGCCAACGUCAAGAUUAUCCGCGACGCUGACGGCUCUUCUAAAGGUUUUGCGUUUGUGACGUUUAAAAAAGUUGAAGAAGCAGCCAAGGCGAUUGAAAUGUUAAAUGGGAAAGAAGUGGAUGGUCGUGUUCUUUUCGCUGGGGCAGCGAUGAAAAAAGCUGGGCGCAAGCAGCAGCAACAUCACUUUCAACAACAGCAACAUGAGAUUACCCUCGAUGAGAGCAUCAUUGUGGAGCAACAACAGCAGCAACAACAACAGCAGCAAGAGACCUGCAAAAAACACCAACAGUCCCAAAGAUUCAAGGAUCUCCAUCUCCUUCAGCAGCCUGGCGAGAUCACCAGCGUCCAAGUAUUACCAGCGAUGAUCAUCAAGCACCACCAACAACCUCAGCAGCACAUCACCCAGCUCCACAGCAGCAGCAGCAGCAGCAGCAGCAGAGAUGGCAGCAACCGCUCUCCCAGACAUCCCCGGGCACAAUUCAGUUUCCUAGUAUUAACAACUGCCACAGAUCUGAGUUCAGCAAGCUGCUUCAGCUGCCUCAAAUAA